AUGUCUAUUCAAAAUCAUAAUCCAUUUUACAAAUUAUUAGAAGGUGAAUCACAAAAGCUUUUAGACACAAGAUAUAAAGAUUUUAUUGGAGUUAAAUCAGACCUAGAAAGAAUUGAUUUCAAACAAAAUGAAAAAUUCUUCAAGAAUUUGACUCGAAAGUUAGAAAAAAAGAAGCUAAACAAUGUUAUUUUACUUCAACCUGAGUGUUGCAAUAAUCUAAAAACAUUGAUGAGAUUUGUUUCUGAUACUUUUUUGGACAACGCAAGUGAAAGACAAUUAUUGAAAGAUCAGACUCUAGAUGGAGAUGAUAAUGAUAAUGAAAGUGAUCAUACUAUCGAAGAAGAGGAGGAACAUGAAAAAACUAAUCAUGUAACAUAUAUGGAUAUAGAUACAGAUGAAACUAAUACGAGCAAAGAUGAAGAAAUGGCUUUCUCUGUUAAGAAUGUGAAUGAUUUCAAUACCAUGAUGCUAUGGUAUAAAUCUAUAUAUCAACCAGAAAAUUUUGAAAACCUUCAACAUUAUACAAUUAAUCCACUUCACGAAAUUUAUUAUCAUAAAGGUGAUAGUAUUCUAAAAUCUGCAUUUAGUCAAACACCACGUCAAAUAAUUACUGCGGCACUUGGAUUACCUACAUGUUACCUUGAUUGUAAUUGUUGUCCUGUUGAUUCUUCUAAUGCUAUCCACAAUAAUAACAGCUUCAUGGCCAACAAUAACAAUAAUGCUUGUGAUGUUGUUGAUGAUAAAGUUAAAUUGGAUCCAAGAGAACAAAUUUUAACUACACAAAAUGACAUUUGUAUACUAUACAAAUUAUAUUUACAAUUAAGAUUCAUUAAAGCCUUUAAAGAAUUAAAAUUACUCGGUAUAAUUUCUACUGCAGCUAAAAAGAAAGAUCAUGUUAAAAGAUUAUUAUGGGGAACAUAUUAA